GGCAAUGAAGAGACCAGACAGACAGAUUUGCUGUAAAUACGGAACAACACCAGAACACAAAACGGGACCAAAGAGAUUUCUUUAAGACCUGUUCAUUGUUCAUUCAAAUGGAAAAUGCCAAGAAAUCUGUUGAUGUGCUCUCAACAUCCCUGUCAAAAUGCAUAUCAGCCUGUGGUUCUGUGACGCAUCAAAUAUUACCACGUUGGACUCAGCACUCCAGACCCUUCCGUGUCAUCAACUCUGAUCGCUCCAUAAAAAAAGGCAUCAUGGCAGAUGACCUGGAAGACCUGCACCACAAGGUGAUGGAUGUAUUCCACAUAAACUGUAUCAGUGCUUUGGUGUUGGAUGAAGAUGGAACUGGAAUAGAUACACAGGACUUUUUUCAAACCUUAAAAGACAACACUGUCCUCAUGGUGCUGGGGAAAGGACAGAAGUGGGCCCCACAAAUGAGACACCUUCCAGGUCAGAAGAAUGUAGAGAGGAAACGCAUGACCAAGAAAGAACCUGAUUGCAACUGGACACAGCCAAGGAAAGAUGUUGCCAAACUGACCUUUGAUCUUUACAAAAAACAUCCAAAGGAUUUUAUUGGCUGCCUAAAUGUGCAGGCAACCUUGUAUGGAAUGUACUCUGUAUCAUAUGUAUUGCACUGCUACAAGGCAAAACGAAUGCUAAGGGAAGCCCUAAAAUGGACUCUCUUUACUGUGCAGACCACUGGUCAUGUUUUAGUGGGUACGUCAUGCUAUAUUCAACAUCUUAUUGAUGAGGAGGAGAAAACAGAGACAGAGAUGAUAACGCCUGCAUACAUCAUCAAGCAAUUAAAACAUUAAAAAAUGGUGGCCUCUUCAACUGCUUUAGCAAACUAACGACAAAUUGCAUAACUUGAAUCUUUAUACCUUGCUUUUUGUUUUUUUCUAUGAGCAUAUUUGUGAAUUAUUUACUUUUGUGUAAACAUAAUAAUAUGAAAAGUUAACCUACUGUAUGUAUUUAAAAUGAGCUCAGCUCACUAAAUGAUAAACAAAGCUCUUACACAAUGUAUUUAUUACGCUUUCUUUUCUUUACAAAAGAACUAAUGUAACAAUAAAUGAAAGAUUAGUCAUGUUUAUACAUUUGGACAAGUACAGUAUAAGUGAGGUCUAUAUGCCUGUCUAGAAAAGUAGCUUAAUAACAUCAAUAAUGUAGAAAAAAUAGGGAAGCAUCAAAACUUGGUGAGAUUCAGUUUGGUGUGUUUCAGUGUAAAUGACUUUGAAAAUGAUAAUGCUUUGACAGGAACAAGGUGAUUGUUGCUCAGAUAUCUAACAUACUGAGGAAAAAUGUCAAAAUCUUGAGUGAUAUUUUUAGCUUUGCUGAAUAUUUAUGCUGUAUUUAUUACUGCCUUUGACUGAAUACUAUAUAUUAACUUUUCUAAUAGCUGUUGCUGUUUAAUAAAUAUUUUGGUUCAAUAAAUAGAUUAAUAACA